AAUGGAGUUUCUUAAAAGCUUAAGUAGCAUUAAUAUUACGAUUACGGAUAAUAAAGAUAGUCGAAAAAAGAAGUUGGUGGAGCAGUAUCAAAGAGAUUUGUCGUUGAAAUUUGCUGCUAGUUUGAAAUAUCCUAUUGAAGAUCUGAAAUUUGGCAGAAAAAUAAAGCCUAAAUAAGGUCGCUAGGCUACCUCUCACAAGAGUCUCAACAAUGAAAAGUAUAGUUAGGCCUAGGAGAUCACUUGAAGAUCUCCAAACUCCUGCUACAGGAAUGUCUAGCAGUACAUCUCAAAACAAGGUGACUUUCAAGAGGCCUAUUAUGAGCAACAAAUUCAUCCAGGAGAAACUUGAGCAAGAUCAAAAGCAAUCUGUUCGACAAACGAGCCGAGAAAUUCCUGUAAUCCGUAAGAAUUACAAGACUAAAACAUCUCGAAGGGAGCUAACCUUAAACAGCAGAGGCCUUGUGGUGCGUAAUACCGCUCAGGCUUCUCUUAGCAAGAAUAUAUCUCAGGACAAAUAACAGGUUUUUAAAAAUCUCAGAAAAUUUUAUUCAAAAUGAAGCUAGCAAGGUGCUUUCGAUAAAUAAAACUUCUUGUCCGGAUUUUCCCACUAAGAAAAUUGGUACUAGCAUGGGAACUAAUAUCCAGAUUCUCCCUAAAAUUUCAAAGCAAAAGAGGCAGAAUUUGUACAAGACAACCCACAGUGGACGCUCUAGGACUCGAAAGUUUGGUGAAUGGAUGAAAAAUUAAAGAACUGGCAUCAAAAUCAGCUCUAGUGCCACCUUAAAUGUAAAGGAAUAAGAACUAUUGGCCAAAAGAGGUGCUGGCAUUCAAUUCCCCCCUAAGCUAUUUCAUUAGACUUCAAAAAUUGAAUUCAUACUACAACUUUCAAAG